GACCCUUGUGCUAGUGUGUGUCAUUUGGAAGUGUGCAUGUCCAUGUCCUGGAGGUGGAAAACAAAUUGCCCAGAUAUUUGCCUACUUGUGUGCAAGAGGCGUAACAGGGGUCUAUUUUAGUUAGCCAUUCACAUGCAGGAUUCAACCCAUAAAUCCGACACGAAACUUAAUCAUAUAACAUUUAUUCUUCUUCCACGCCACCACGCAACACAUCCUGCCCUGAUUGUCUCCAAAUUCAAGGGUCCAUAAAGAGAAAUAACCAUGUCUGAAGGUCCUAAAAAAACAAAGUAUACUGCCACAAGGCGGCUGCUCUUAAAAAGCAAAUUACUGCAGAAGGCCACAUCUAUGCUGGCAGCUGAAAAAGAGAAGAAUAAAAGAGACAGAGAUGAAGCUCUUACUGAGAGGCUUCCUCCUCUCAAACUAUCUGGUCUUUCUGCACAGGAGCUCCAGGAACUUUGCAAAGAGCUUUCCCGCAAGAUUGAUGCUGCUGACGAGGUUCGAUAUGAUCUUGAAAUUAAAGUGGAUAAAAAUGAAAAAGAGAUCCAGUCCUUGAAUCAGAAGAUUUGGGAAAUGAAGGGUACAACUCAACGAACCAAACUGAAGAGGGUUAAGAAGUCACAUGAUGCCAUGUUUGGUGCGCUGACUGAAUCCAAAAUGUCAUCGAAGGCAGAUUUCAAGGCCAACCUAAAGACAGUAAAGAAAGAAGAAGAAAAGAAAGAAGAGGUGACUGACUGGCGUAAGAAUGUGGAGGCCAUGGCAGGAAUGGAGGGCAGAAAGAAGCUGUUUACUGCUGGACAAUAAAGAAGACUCUGUAACAAGAAAGGAGAGCAACAGAUGUGUGCCAAGGCAGGGAAACACACAUGGUUUUGAAGCAAGAAAAACCAAACCAAAUCCAACUUUGAUUUGUUACGACUAAUAAAGUCAAUCACACACACACACUGUUUAUAAUGUUCAUAGUUUAAGUGUUUUUGUAGGUGAGCUUAGCUCUUAGUGUGUCUUUACCAGUUCCUGUGUUUUGCUGCAAUUUGUGGACAUUCUGUGCAAAUGUGUUUACAUUUGAAACUAAAUAUGAUACUUUGUGUAUAUGAUAUGCUAAAUACAUCACAUAUGCAUGAGAAAAAUAAUCAGACUGGAAAUUAAUUGUAUGCAAUAUUGUGAACUAGUGCUGUUUAGUGGAAUAAAACAUAUCAGAUAUUGUAACACAUUCUACACUGCUGGAAGUAAAAAUUGCAAUGUAAUGGCAUUCCAAAAUUAAAUGACCCCAUUCAACAAACAAAACGUG